CUCGUUGAAGGUCGCAACUUUUUGUCAUGUCUUAGCGCGCCCACCCUUGUCGCACCGCGGCUUGCGGCUUGCGGCACCGCCGCUCGCUCCGCCCACUGCAGCAGCGCAACUUAACUUCGAUGUCUCUUUCCCACCACGAUAGUGGUAUAAGCUGCUCUGAUCUAAAAGCAUCCUCGAGAUAACGCACCUCACAACAUGGAGGGUCACAAGCCCACGGCCUCGCCUGCGACCUCCACGACGCCCACGGGCACGCUCUUCACCUUCCUCGCCCUCUACCUUACUACGCUAUUCUCCCUCGACACGUGGGCCGCCGCACGAGGGUCCCCCUACCGCGCACCAAGCAUCAAUAACUCCACGUAUCGCCCUGCCGUCACUGCACCGGCACCAGGCAGCUACCAGGGCGGCAUGCAUGGGCGGGGUCGUGCUGGACCCAGGUCUGGUAGUCAAGCGCGGGGCGGUGGACAUGCUGGGAGCAUCGCACAGACGAGCGACUCAAGACCGCCGAUUCAGAUGGGUGGCACAGCUGCGUGCAGCGCUUGUUUGAUCUAGGGCAGGCGACGUGAGGCGAUGGGGACUGCGCUUGCAUGGCUGACGAUAAAUGGCGGCGUAGUCUUG